GAUGCCAGUCUUUCGUGUGCUCUUGCGGCGUUAGGACAGUGAGAUACGAACCCUGGUGCACUAGUUCUUGAAGCCACAGUGCCAGUCCCCCCUUGAUGACCCACAGACACGAGGAAACAGACAGAGACAGACGAGGGAACGAGAAACUACGAGUGGCAUUUCAACCCAAGGAGCCAUUAACGAGACAGGAUACAGCUCACACUCGCCUCACAUUUCACAGGAUUUUCACCCUUUAAAGCACCGGGGGAGGGACGUAACCCCCCUUAGUGAAUAGCAGAGUGCCCCGGGGAUCUGUAAAACACGUGUGGCGGCCAUGGGGAGGCAGGGGGAGGCAGGGGAGAGAGAAAAACUACCCCUGUGCCCUGUCAAGCUCGCCCUCUGAUCCUAAGAGCUGUUUGUUUACAUGUACAAUUCCUGUUCUUUCCCAUCUCUCCUUCCCCUCCCAAUGGGUUAUGGACACGUAUUUCCCCUUCCACAUUCUUCCACGCCAUGAUGGAAUAGAGAUGGAGGUGCUAAAGGAAGGAGAUAAGUGAGAAAAGUGGAUAAUGUAAGGAGGAGUGGAGAGGGGACGAAAGGAAGAUAGAAAAAGGAAUAAGAACAGGAAGAUGGGAACAAGACGAGGAUAAGACAGGAAGUGUUCUUGUGGUUUAGGAAGAGAGACAAGGAGGAGGAGGAGGAGGAGGGUGGAGGAGGAGGAGGAGGAGGAGGGAGAGGAGACACCACUUCUUCAAGACCUCUCGAGUGUUUUGUUUUUUUCUUCAUUUUUUUAAACGAUGGUGCAGAUGCUGUGUCGCGUGUGGGGGGUGGGGAUGCUCAGUAUAAUGGCCCUCACCACCAGCAACAUCAUCUUAACACUACGUCUCAUGCAGGGGAGGGGGCUGGGGGGCUGCGGGGAGGGGGCUGGGGGCGGGGGAAUGGCGGGAGGGGGCGUGGUCAUCCCCCAAACCAUUCCCAGAUCAUGGACAUCAGCGCUUGCAUCAUAUAACCAAUCUGAAUAUCUCGCGUUCUUGAAGGUGGCGACUGUGAACACUUCAACUACGAGAGGGGGAGGGGGUGGAGGGGGUGGGGUUGUGGUGGGGGUGGGGGAUUUUGAGGUGGUGGGGCCGAAGGGGAGGUGGGAUGCCCGGAGGAGUUACAAGACCCAUGACCAUGUGUACACGGGACCCCAUUAUGUAGCGCUGUCCCAGUCUUCGUCCGUCUGUCUGGCUACCCAAACCUCCGUGGACCGACUCUUCUGGUUAGCCCAAGUAGCGCGGUACUGGACUGCCCCGAUGUCUGUCUCCGUGUUCACCCCUGACGUUGAGUAUGGCAUCGCGCGCGCCUACCUGACCUACCUGGUGACCUGCUUCCCCUUCCUGGGCGAGAAAGCGACCUUCCACUUCACGUCCCCGAAGAGCCACCCGCCCCGAGACCUCCACGUGGUGAUAGACCGCUUGGAGGAGAAGUGUGACCAGCCGCUUGGAGUGCUGAAAACCCUGCUCAAGAAACGGGACGCGAAGAUGCUGCUAUGGAGGGAGCGCAUGCCCUACCCCCAGAACGUGCUGCGGAACGUGGCGCGGAAGAACUGUGACACCGAGUAUGUGUUCCUCGCUGACGUGGACAUCGUGCCCAUCCCAGGCCUGUCCACGGACCUCGCCGCCUUCCUCGACUCCAAGACGGCCAGGACCUGCAAGAAGUGA